AUGCUUGAAAUGCCUAAGAGACUUGCCUCUUAGAAGUCUAAUUUGGACGCUAAUUUCCUCUUUAGACUACUAAGUUCACAAUCUACUAGAUAUACUCUUUAAGAGCCAAGCUAAUAUACUCGAUAUAAAACAAUAGGAUCUUUUCUAGGCGUAAAAGAGUGUCUAUAUUGUGAUACUGAUGCAUCUGACAGUGUUGAGAUUAGAAAUUUGCUCAUGCUUUGCGCUACCAAGGCUACUAUCUAGCAAGAGUUUUACAAUGUCAAAAAUAUCAACAAUAUCCUUUAUAAUCGCUAAGUGCAUCUAGUUUCAGUCUUUAAAGAUUACUUGAUUUACGAUGAUAUCUGCGAAUUCAUCACGGCUUAUUACAAUAUAAAGGAAGCAAAAAAGCUCUUUGGGAAAUUAGCAUUGAAUGAAAGUGAAAAACAAUAAUAAGCUCAAACGAUUGCCUUCACACCUAAUUAUCACAACCUAGAAUUAAAGCAUCUCCUAUUAUGA